UCAUCGAUUCUAGUUCCUGCUCCACCGCACGUCGUGCGAUUCAAUUUUAAUAAUAAUUUGAAGUUAUUAAUUAAAACCGAGCAAUCCCGCAAUGGCAUCCAUCCUGAGGACGGGGAAACUGCUGCGCUACUUCGCCGGCUUCACGAGAAACGUGGUGGUGAGCUCGGUGCGCGAGAACGAGAGCAGCAAUCUGCUGAACAAUGCGCCCUGCAUGUGCGGACAGUUCCAGAACGGUUUUGCCACAAAUGCCGCAGCGAAGGCUGAACUGAGUCUGGACAAACAGAUUCGCCGCCUGGACCAGGAUGUGCGCCGCAUUGGUCGCAUUUCUCGCCGGGAUCUGGAGGAGAUACUCGAUGAGAUUCGCACCCACAGGACGGCCACCAGCUCGCAGUCCCUGCUUGUGAUUCGUUGCUGCGGAAACCUGGUGCCCGAGGAGCUGCCCGAGGUCAGGACGGCCUUGGUCCAGGAGAUCUGGAAGACCCUGAACGCCCUGAAUGUGCCCAUGGACAUCUCGCAUUACAAUGCCCUGCUCCGAGUUUACUUGGAGAACGAGCACGGCUUCGCCCCCACUGACUUUCUGGCCGAGAUCGAGGCCAAGGGCAUCGAGCCCAAUAGGGUGACCUAUCAGCGUUUGAUUGCUCGUUAUUGCCAGCAGGGAGACAUCGAAGGAGCCACCAGGAUCCUCGAAUUUAUGAGGGCGAAGAGUCUUCCGGUCAACGAGAAUGUAUUCAAUUCCCUGAUCCUGGGACACUCGCAGGCCAACGACUUGGAGUCCGCCAAGGGCAUCCUGGGAGUGAUGAAGCAGGCAGGAUUGGAGCCCAGUGCCGACACAUACACGACCCUUCUGUGUGCCUUUGCCCGUCACGGCGAUCUGGCUGCCCUGAAGGAAACCCUGGCUGAGUGCGAGCAAAAGGAGAUCAUUUUGCUGGACAAGGAUCUGCUGGACAUCGUGUACACGCUCUCCGUCAAUGGCCAUGGAGAACAAGUGGAUGAGGUCCUGACCAAACUGCGUCUCUCACCCGGCUUUAAUCAGGAUGCGGUGAAUGUGAUCCUUCGCCUGACCAAUAAGGGUUACGAGGAUGUGGGUCUGAAGAUCCUCCGAGUGAUGCCAAGGAGCAGUCGUGUAAAUGGCGAACCCGUUGAUGUGGGAGCCUUCUUUAUCAGGCAGAUGGUCAAGGCUAACCGGCCCGUGGAGAAGAUCCUGUCCAUUUGCAAGACAUUACAAUCGGAGGGACUUAAUCCCAAGGCAUUGACAAUUGCCACGGAAGCUGGCUUGACGAACGGAGUGGUUAACAAUGCCCUUCCCCUGCUGCAAGAGAUGAAGAACGCUGGUUUGCCCAUCAGACAGCACUACUUCUGGCCUUUGAUCUGUUCUGUGGAAUCCAAUCAGGUUUUGGAAAUCGUGCGUCGCAUGCAGCAGGAUUUCUCGGUGUUCCCUAACUCCGAAACCGUCAGGGAUUAUGUGAUCCCCAACUUGAAGGAGAAGAACUGGGAGAGGAUUGUCACCGCUUUGAGGGAUGCUGGAGUCCCCAACUCCACUGCUGUUACCUCGGCCGUUUACUCCGCCCUGGUGACCCACCAAAUUGCUGAUGCAGCCAAGAUAAUGGAGCAAAACAGAGCGUACUACGUGCCUUUCUUGUUUAGACAACCCUUGAUCCUGGCCCUUAGUCACACCAAUGACUACGCCUCCUUCAUCCGCUGUGUCCGUCAAAUUCACGAGGGUCUGCAGUUUAGACAAGGCAAGGAGGAGGAAUCUGAAGCUGCGGAAGGCGGCGCUGCUGCUUCUGCCGAUCGCAACACUCCCGAUGUUGUUGGCGCCAUUGUCCAGGAGGCUUCCACCUACUUCCGGCGAGACCGCGCAGCUACGUUGGAGAAAAUCCUCAAGGGAUUGGUCAAGCAGGGAUUGUCCAUUAGCAGUGCCAAAGCCACACAGUUAUCUGAGCAAUUGGGUUCCGAAUUGACUCCAAGGAUAUCUGAACUUUUGGGCAAACUGAGCUCAGGUGAACUGCAGCCAGUUGCUCUGCCAAACAGCGGCAAGAGAGGUCUGGAUUCGCUUUCCAUUGAUGAACUGGAGCGAUUCAUAGUCAAUGUAGAGGGCAAGGGAGAGAAUGCCAACAACAUCAAAAGACAACUUUUGGCCGCCUGCUUCCGUUCGCAAAACCUGGACAAAACCCUUCAGGUCAUCGAGAAACUUGAGGCCGAGAAAUUCCAGAUCCCGAUUGGCGUCUAUGCGCAGCUCAUUGAUCUGUACACGCAUCACAAGAAAAGUUCGGAGGCCUUGGAGAACUAUGAAAAACUGAAGGCCAAGGAUGCCACCUUCAAGUUGGAUAACCUAAAGGCUGUUCGUCUGGCGGAUCUCCUCCUGCAAGAGGAACGUGUUGAUGCUGCUUUCAAGGUGCUCGAGGAUAAUAAGAAGGAUGCGCCCAUAUCCGAAGCCGAAGGUAGCUUUAACUAUGUGAGCACCGUGUGGAGAAUCUUAAAUUCCCUCGCUGAAGCUGGUCAACCGGAAAAACUGCGAAAAGUAUUUGAUGCCCUGGUCGCUGCCAAUUACGUUGUGCCCACCAAUGUGCUCCUUGGUCCCCUGAUCAAGGUUCAUCUGGUCAAGGAUGAUAUCCCAAAGGCCAUCGAAGCCUUUGAGGACAUUUGCCAGAAGUAUAAGUCUACUCCCUGGAAAAAUGAGCUGGCUUGUCGCUUGAUCCAAAAAGAAGAUGCAGCGAAUCUGCAGAAGUUGACCGAUUUGAGCACCGGCAUUCACGGUGAGGUGAACAGUCUUUACGAUCUGGUCUUCUCCUUUGUGGAGUGCGGCCGUGUGAGGCAGGCCAGGAAGAUCCUGGAAACCCCCGGAUUGCGCACCCGCCCCCAGAGAAUCAGCAGUGCCUGCGAUCGCUACAAGAAUGAGGGAUUGCUCCAGCCUCUGGAGGGUCUUAUUGAAGCCACAAAGGACCUGGGCCACAUCGAUAGAAACAAGAUUUACUACACCCUGCUCUUGAGCUACGACAAAGCAGAUGAGGCUGAGAAGGCACUUGGACUAUGGACCAAAAUGCAGGAGGAGGCUGUGACACCCAACGAUGCCUUCCUUUUGAAACUGGCCGAAAUCCUCAAGAGGAAAAACAUUGAUGUGCCUUUUGUGGUGCCCGAGACCCAAAAAGAACAAGCCAAAGCCAGAAAAAACAAAACUAAGGACCAAGUGACCACAGAAACUGCAAAAAUUUCAGAGCAACCCAAGGAGAAGCCUUCCAGGAAGGAGCAGUCCAAAUCAGAAGCAGCCAAGACUAGUCCGCCACCCAAACCGGUUUCCCAUUUGUCUGGCUUCCGCAAAGCCAUCCUGGCCAACGAUCCCGAUGCAGCCAUCUCCCAUAAACAAAGUUUUCUGAGCGGAGAGAAGGUUGGUGCCCUGGACACCUCCCGACUGAUUGAACUUCUGGUUCGCGCCGACCGCCUGACUGAGGCCACAAAAUACGUUGAGGAACUCCUGGGCGACAAGUUGCAUCCACAGCCCAAGAUCUUUAAGUUUUACCUCAACAAAAUUGCUGCUGCUGGCGACUUGGAAACCCUUGAGAGGAUUGGCAAGCAGCUGAACGAGGAGCAGAAGCGUCUGGUUUCGUUCGACAACCGCUUCUGUCAUGCUAAUAUAGUGGCCGGAAAGGCGGAUCAGUUCCUGAAACAGUUGACCACGGAAAUCGAUGGAGCCAAAACCCCUGAGGAGACCACCAAGCUGGCCGAGAAGUUCCCGCGCGGAGGAGCUGUGGGCAUUUUGGAAAAACACCCGGAGUUGGUGCCGCAAUACCAAUCCCUGGCUGAGAAGUUUGCCGCCCACAAUCAACUUGGACCCAUGAAUGUCCUAUGGAUGCACCUCGUUUCCAGUGGUCAGGAGGUGGCCUCCAAGGAGAUCUGGGAUAAGCACCUGUCCAAUGCCCCAAGGCUGAUGUUCCAGCGCGUUUUGCAGACGGCACGGGAGCAGAAGGACGAGAAACUCGCCUCCACGGUCAUUUCCCAGCUGAAGAACAGCAAAAUCUCGGAGGGAGCCAUCGGAAACGCGUACUCGUGCCUCAUCGAUAUACAGACGACGAAGGGAAACUCCGACAAGGCGCUGGAGGUGCUGAGCGCUGCCAUCAAGGAAGUCUCCCUAGAAAACAUCAACAGGACAGCUCUGCUUCGCCUAAAACAGGCUGUUGAGGAGAAGUCGCAGAAGUUCCCCUACACGAUUCCCGAGAAGCGAACGAAGGCCGACGACUCCAGCUCCUCGUCAUCCUCGUCUUCCUCCAGCGACGACGAUGUGUCGCCAUCGAUACCCGAAACCGUUCCACCCAAGCCGGACAGCAAGGCUUAGUGGCUUUUGGAUAAGGUCCUUCUCUAGUUUAACCCGUCGUGAUUAAAGCCUAUUUUUAAAGUAUUUACUAUGGAUAAACAAUUUGUAAACUAAAAUAAAUUUAGUUGUUUUGUUGCGAAAUUACAA